CUUACAUCUUUCCCAAUUAUUGAAAUACACACUGCCAUAGUCAACACCAACUCAACUAUCCACGACUCGGCGAGAAAAUUAAUGAUACUAUAACCAUAUUGCCAGACCUUCCCUAAGGCAUUGCACUUGCAAAGAAUAAUCUAAACGCAGGGAGGCCAUCAUUAUAUGAAUCAGUAACAUAUACUCGUAUGAUGAUUUCUAAGAAUCAAUAAUCAUUUGUAAAUCGGAUAAUAAUUUUUUUAUAUUAAAUCGAAAUACCGCAGAUUAUUUGUCUAUAAAAAAUUUCCUAUUUAUGUAAAUGGUUUUUCCCAUAUUGCAUACGCAAGUCUAAAAAGAAGCAUCACUGUAUGCGAAAACAACAACCAUAAUCAGAUGUUUAUUGUGCACUUGUCGAUCGUGAUUUAUUUCGGGUAUACAAUUCAACAAAGAAGCAAAUUAAUUAUAAACAAAUUACAAACGAAUAAACUGGCAAUAUAGGAUAUGCACAAAGUUCCCCAAUACUUGACCAUUCGCGCAAGUUUCCACAUCAAGUAAAUUCACAAUAAUGGCAUUGGAGCCGCUUGGUGCUCAACGAGAACUUUGGAAUCCAGGACAAGAGUCUUUCGUACUCUUUCGCAACAGAACGAAACGCACUAUAAAUCUAUACUGGAGUCUUAGGGGUAACAGAAAUUAUCAUGUAACAUUGGGCCCAGGCGACAGUAGUAAAACUAACACAUUCACAAACCAUGCUUGGAUAUUUUGUGAUAAGGACACCGAUGAAAUGAUGUGUGUGGAACAACGUAAAAUAUUUUGGCCACAAACUUAUCGAAUGCGUGACCCAAGAAAUCCUUCACGUAUUAUACCAUGUCGGAAAGAGAUUAAUAUACAUUUCACAUUGCGUACGUUACGAGAAAAUUGCAUCUGGCAGCUUGUAACAAAACUGCAUGCCAUACCGCACCAAGUAGCGAUGAGUACCAUUGACGAUGUUUUGCUACUACCCAAAGUUUUGAAAAACGAAUUGAGAAUGCAUUUCCUACGCAAGGAGUAUCCCACCAUUGUCACAAUGAAAAUGUUCAACAGUAUACUAGAACGAGAAAAACUAAGAAAAAUUAAUAGUAAAGACUAGGGGGGGAGGGGCGAACAGGAAUGGUUGUUGCAAUUAAGGGGUCACAUGGGUUUCGUUGGUUGAAAAAAUCUAUUUUUUUUUUUUUUUUUGCUUAUUAAUUUCUACAUCAUCUCAGGAAUAUUAUCCUAAAUUUUCAAGUUGAUCCGAAUAAUAAAUUCGGAGAUACAGCCUUUGGGAGGUGUGCGCUCCAAGCCAUUUUUAUCGUUACUCAAAACUUUGAACGCGUUUUUCUCGGAACUGUGUUUUCAAAGUCGGUUGUCAAAUGUUCUCGAAAACUACUCAAGCGAUCUUGAUGAAAUUUUACACAAGUGUUUGAAAUAUAGGGUUUUUCAGUAAGAGCGCUUCAACUUUUGAACUUUUUUGAAUAAAACACAAACGGUUUGACUUUUUUAACUAAUUUUUUUUUAUUAUCGAGUUUGAACAUAUACAUUUAAGUAUGAAAUUCGAUUUCUUUUGCAUGACCACCGCGUGCACGUUUUACGAAGUCCAAUCGUUGUACCCAAUUUUCGACCACUCUUUUGCAUAAAUCGGCCGAAAUUCCAGCAAUUUCGCGUUCAAUAUUGGCUCUGAGCUCACAAAUCAAUGACUUCACAUAACCCCAAAACGGGACGGCUUGUUAAAUGGACCGUAAAAUGGCCGUAAUGCUAUUAAGGGGUUAUACGCAGUUAUGACUUUCAAAAAAAUCGAUUUUUUUAUUGCAUUUUUGUAAUGUACAUAUAUUCAAAAGUAUACGCACGAAAUUUGAAGUAGAUCUAAGCAAUACUUUCGGAGUUAUACCUAAAUAUGUAGAGAUGCCUCGGCACGUUUUAAGGUAGGUAUUGAAACUUUAAACGUGUUUUUUUCAAAACGGCAUUUUUCAAGUCGGUGUACACGAUAUCUCGAAAACGGCUUGUUUGAUCGGUCAACCGUUUUAACUCAAUCUUUAAAGAUAUAUUUUCUAGUAAUUAAUCGUUCCUUUUGUAAAUCUGAUACUUAUUUUCCAUUUUAUAAUCAAUUUACGGCCAAAUUUUAACGUAAAAAUCGAAAUCAUUUCUUUUAAAAGCUGCCAUUUUGUGAAAAUUCACUAUUUUGAUUAGCCGAACGAUUAAUUACUAGAUAAUCUAAUAUAUUAAUAAAAUUUGUUUGGUUUUUUGAUUUCAGAUAAUCCAAUCCUGAGUUACAAUGUACACCGUAAAUCGUCUUUUUUUAAAGGAGGUUCCAGAAAUCGCCUGCAGCGCGCUCUAUAAUCAACAUUUUCAUAAAUAAAAAAUUUUGUUACGUUCUUGAAGGAUGCUUUUAUAACCGCCAAAAAUUUUCAAAUUAAAAUAUUCUGAAGUUUCUUCAGGAUAAAUCCUUGACAACCCGUCUUUUAUUUGCUUCAUAACUGCGUAUAAGCCCUUAAAGUAGCAGAACAGAACGAUUAUCCGAAAAAAGUUGAAGCGCACCUAUUGAAAAACCCCAUACAAUUUACUCGUGCUUGAACGAAGGAUUUUUUUUUUUUCAAUUACAACUAUUUAAAAAAAAACAAAAUGUCAAGCAAAUUUUACCGAAAUUUUCAUUUUUUUUGGAAAAAUGUCUGCCAGAAUUCCAAUUUUUACUUUUUUUUCUUUCCUUCGUUCAAGCACGAGUUUAUAGUCUUAACUAAAGCACUUAUUUUUGCUUUUUCAUUUUUGAUGAGCCUGGAGUUAUGCUGACAACGCGGACGCACCUUUUUUUCGAGGGGUCACCGAAAAUGACGUCACAAUGGAGGAGUUUUAAUUUUUUUUUGAAAAUUUCAGAAAUUAUUCUUUAAAUAUAUUUAUCUAUAAGAAAGAAAAAAGUUUGAAUUAAAUAAAUAAUUUUUUACAUAGAAAAAAAAAAUAUUGAAA